UAUUAUAAUUAGCCUACACGCAAACAGAGCGACUCAAUAUAAAUCUGCGACCAUAACAUUUUUGUGAUACGAACCAACUCGACGUCGCCUUCACUUAAUAAAACCACUAUAUACAUAUUUAUUUACAUAAAUCUUGAACAAUGUCACAGGCUGUGAAGGCAAUUACUUUAGAAGAUGAAUACAAGAAGAAGACAGGUAUCACACCGGAAGACGUUAGGAAGAUGAGGCAGUGGCUUCAGACUCAACCCCAUUUGCCAAGAGAUCAUUUAACUGAUAUGGACCUCAUUCUCGUCUACCACUGCUGCCACAGAAGCAUGGAGGUCUCCAAGCAGGUCCUUGACCUCAACUGCACGUUACGUACGCUGUUCACAAAUUUGUUCAAGGAUAGACUUCCUGAUGGGAGGACUUUGGACAGCAUGAAAGUUUCUUUGGUGCUGCCGUUAGAAGUUCGAGCGUAUGACGACUCUGCAGUUAUAUAUUGCAGGCUCAUGGAUUUUAACCCCAAAAACUUGAUAUUCCAGGAAGCUAUCAAGAUAGUAUUGAUGGUGAUAGACCUCUGGCAAUACCAGUCGGGGACUUGGCCAGGGCUAGUCAUAGUUAUUGACUUGGAAAAGAUCACGCUAUCCCAUCUGGCCAGACUCGAUAUUCAAACUGUUCAGCAGUUUCUAUUUUAUUUGCAGGAAGCGAUGUUCGUCAAACUCCAAGGCCUACACUUCAUGAAUGCGCCAUCAUUCAUGGACCGUUUGUUGAUGAUUCUGAAGCCGUUUAUGAAGAAAGAACUCAUUGACAUGAUGGUUAUCCACCAGAUAGGUUCCAAGACGAUCGGCAAAUAUCUUCCGAUUGAGGGACUGCCUAAAGAAGCAGGAGGAGAGUACAAACCGUUUGAGGAAGCUCAAGCGGACGUCAUUGCUAAUGCCAAAGCGAAUUACGAUUAUUUUGCUGAGGAGAACAAGAAGAGGGUAGUGGAAUCGCUGAGGCCCGGGAAACCGAAGACAAUCACAGACAUAUUCGGAGGGAUAGAGGGAUCGUUUAAAAAAUUAGAAAUAGAUUAAUAAAAUAUUUGCCAAA